GAAAUAAAAAAAAGUUUUUGACGUUUCUUUGAUGAUUUUGACAUUUAAUCAUAAUCAUAUUCAGCUUGAAAAAUAAAAUUCUAUUUUGUUAGAAAAAAGUGUUUUGUCGUGAAUUUCGUGUUGAGAAACAUAACUAAAAUGAUACAGCCUGACUACCCUUCCGCAAUGGGUUUGCUAGCCCACUUAAACUCUGAUGAGUUGAAAGAAAUGCUGAAUGACGACACAAAGUUCGAUACAGUGUUGAAGGAUGUAAAACAGGUAAAAGAUUGGGAUACAGAGAAAGAGAUGAUAAUAGCGAGUAACAGGUCACUAGCAGAGUUCAACCUGAGCAAGGAGCCAGAGCUUGAGGAGUUGAAAGCUGAGGUUCAGCAGAAAUCUGAGACUGGAGAACAGCUGUGCAGUCGCAUCAAGGAGCUUCUUGAUGAAUACAAAACAAAGUCUGCAGGUAUUUCUCCAGAUACCACACAAGCUUUACUUCAGACAGCUGCAGCUGAAACUGAGGAGGAAUCAGAAAACAUAGCACAAGACUUCCUAUCUGGAAAGAUAGAUGUAGACAAAUUCCUGGAGGACUUUGAACCAAUACGCAAGAAAAUGCACCUUAGGAAAUUCAAAGCUGAAAAAAUGAGUGAAUUAAUCAGGACUGGCAGUCAAAGUUCCUAUGGAAAUGGACUAGCAAAGCCAUAUUUACCGUACCCAAGUUAUGGACAACAAAACGUUCCAAGUGUGCCAUACCCCAUGGGCCCUCUCAACAUGCCCAUGCCAGGAAUGUAUGGAAAUCAUUUUUGAAGUUAUCUGCAGGUUUGCAGUAUAAUAGGCCAUCUACAUAGCUGAUUGUUCCUGUUGCUACAGUAUAGUUUGCCAUGUGAAGCCUGCUAGCCAAUGCCAAGUUAUGUCAUCAUGCUGGCAGGCUGCACACAACUUUGCAAACCACAGGGACACCCACACAAAUGUGGACUUUUAUUUUUUAUGUUUUCUCACAUUAUGAAAGUCAAAAUGUAUUCUCAAUACAUUACAGUUGUAAUGAAACAAUGUGAAAAAUAAUUUUGUGUCAAUUUUAUUGUUAAGUGAAAUGUUCAUUAGUGUUACUUGAAUUUUUUUUCGUAUCUUUUCAUUACAUGGUCCGCUUCAUGUUGGUGCUUGUAGUAUUGUGAUGUAUAAAUUAUAUGAACAAUUUACUAAAAAUAGUUAUGUAAAUUAAAGAUCGUGCACCAAUUUAUAAUUCCAAUAGAAAAAUAUAAUAGAAGAAUAUGUAUAAAAUUUCAUCUCAUCUCUAGUUUUAAUUUGUAUCUAAAAGGUAAAUUAAGGAAUUUUAUUGUAAAACAGUAGUUUCAUUUUAUAGUUGUACUAUUUUAAAUAUUGCUGCCUGAAAUAUGUAAAUCAUAGGCUAACUGGAGGAAAUAAAAGAUUUAACUGAAAUUAAAA